AUGGCGGCAGACGGCGAGCUCGAUGCCCUCGAUUCGCUUAACUCCCUGGAGAAAGAAGCCUCGGAGUUCAACAAGGAUGCAGAGAUCGACCGCAUACGAAAGGCCUUUCAAUUAGACGCAUACGCAGUUCUCGACCUGCAGCCUGGAGUACCAGACUCGGACAUAAAAGUACAAUAUCGAAAGAAAUCUCUCCUCAUCCAUCCCGAUAAAACAUCCAAUCCAGCUGCGCCAGACGCGUUCGACCGUCUCAAGAAAGCGCAGACAGCUCUACUUGAUGAAAAGCAGCGAGCACAUCUCGACGAAUGCAUAGCAGACGCGCGACGACUGCUAAUACGAGAACACAAAUAUACCCUGGACUCACCGGAGCUUAAGACAGAAAAGUUCAAAGAAGAAUGGAGAAAGAAGACGGUGUUUGUGUUGUUGGAGGAGGAGGCGAGACGGAGGAGGCAGUUGAAGGGUAGGAUGCAGGAGGAGGGAAGAGAAAAGCAGAGAGAAGAAGAGGAGUUAGAGGCCAGGAAGAGGAAAAGGGACGAGGAGAAGGCGUGGGAGGAGUCUAGAGACACUCGCAUAGGGAGCUGGAGGGACUGGCAGAAGGGUAGGAAAGGUGGUGACAAAGGCGAGGGAAAGAAAAAGAAGAAAAUGAAGGUAUUGGGAUAG